UUAGCUCGUGGUUGCAUUCAAGUCAGGAUGUCUGCAGAUCUACAGUGGGCCAUUAUUAGAAAGAACAGCUGUUUCUUGGUGAAAAGCCAAGGCAAGACUCUGACCAAGGAGCCUAACAAUUUGACUGGGCAAAACUCAUACAAGUAUAAUGGCUUGGUGAACAAGAAGACUAUUGGUGUUGAGCAAGCACCCAGUGGCAAGGGAGUUGUUCUGUCUGUCAGAAAGGUGAAAGGAGCUGUCAGACAGCCCAGCAAGCUGUACAACAAAGUCAACUUGAGCAAGGAUUCCAGACGCUCACUCAAAGGCAUCAAAAGUCUUUGCCAGAAGAACUACUAUCGACAAGACUUGAUGGAUGCUGCCGUACGCCGCGCAAGUCUUAUCUUGAGAAGCCAGAAACCAACUGCUGGUGUCCAGAAGAAACGAUCGCGUAGAAAGCGCAACUGAAUGCAGUAAUUGUUGAUAUCAAAACAAUAAAAUUUAUUGUGCAAUA